GUGGAAAAUAGAACUAAGCUCUCUAUCCAAACUAAUUAAAAAUAUAGAAGAAAUAAAGAUAUCUGUUGGAGUGUCUGGCAGUGGAACAAAUUCUUCACAAAGUCUAACAUUCAAAAAGUUAGCUUAUCUCCCGACAUUCUCUGCUUUUACUAAUAUAGGAAAAAUAGGCAUUGGUGAGGCUGAAAUAUACUUUAAAGACAGUAGCAAAUCUUUUGACAUAUCCAAAAUUGUCUUGACAAGAAUACAUACUAAAGAAGAAUACGGUUGUGUUAACAUACAUAAGACAAUCCCAGCUAAAUAUUCAUGUAAACUACAGAAAAGCAAAAAUUGGUUGUUGAAAGUUAUUUCUCCUGAAGAACAUGAAAGAAAUUUCGAUGUGGAAAUAAUUCAAGACACUCUAUCUUCUUCUUUCACUAGAAAUUUACAAUGGAAAUAUGUUUAUCCUUAUGGAAAUACUUAUAUCAAAUAUUUUAAUCUGAAGACAUAUGAGAAAAAUGAAAUCAUGAAAUUAAAAUUCCACUUUUUGGAUAAACUUCUGAGAAUCAAUGAAAUAAGUGUGAUCAGCAAUUACUCGGAGUAUCAAUUCAAAACAAAUGUAGAAAGAAAAUAUCAGAAUUUCUCUGUGACAAAAUUUUCUCGAAUAACAAAAGGAAUAACAAAAGAGAAACUACACAGGAAUGAAACAAAUGUCUCCAUAAUAAUAGUUAUUGGCCUCUUUGCAGUCCUCACGUCAUUUUUGAUCAUCAUCAUCAUCAUACUCUGUAUCAGAUAUAAUAUACUCAAAAACAAAAGAAGCAAAGAUUACAUGCCAACUCAUCAAGUCUGUCAAGUCAACCAAGUCAAUCAAGCUGAUAAAGUUGAUGAAAUCGACCAAGCUGAUCAAGUUGAUGAAAUUGGCCAAGAUUAUGAAGUCUAUGAAACCUUUCCUGAAGAGAAUAUCCGGUGUGCCGCGCAAAAUCCAGACUCAGUUUAUGACCAAGAAAUUGGAUUUCAAUUAUCCUCUCUACAGCAAAACCCUGGGGGUCCAUAUGAAAACCAAAAUCCAGGAUCAGCGUAUUACAUCACGGCAAUUUGAUGACAUUGAUGAAAAAGUAGUGCUAUAGAUAGAAACCCCUCCUCAUCUCGUUGAUAAUCCUGAUAUUGAACAAUUCUACACACAACUAAUCACACACGCACACACACACAGAGUCAUAAAUUACAGAGAAACAAUUUGAUGAAAUUUUACUUAGCAAUAAGAAAAUUUCUAAGAUCUUGCAUGCCUUCAUUAACCCUUUAGCGUUCAAAUUAAUAUGUCAUAAGUAAUCCUUAUUCAUUUACAAUUGAAAAAAUUUAUUUGAUAUUAUCUUGUAGUUUCAAAAUU